AUGGAUUCCGAGCUCUAUGAAGCCGCUGUGGAAGGAAAUGUGCGUUCUUUGGUUGAGUUACUCGGAAAAGAUAAGUUACUUCUUGACAGAAUUAUGAUUGGGAAUCGCAAUGAGACUCCUUUGCACAUUGCAGCCAUGCUUGGACACUUGGAUUUUGUGGAAGAGAUCCUAGUUCGAAAGACUGAGCUGGCAAGAGAGCAAGAUUCUCAGAGUUUGACGCCUCUUCAUCUCGCGGCAGCAAAAGGGUACCUUCACAUAGUGGAAAGCUUGGUAAGAGUCAACCCCGAAAUAUGUUUUGUCCGUGACAAAUACAAAAGAAACCCUCUUCAUGUCGCAGCUAUGAAAGGGCAUGUGGAUGUGUUGGAAUGCUUGGUUCAAGCAGCACCUGAUGCAGCUCAUAGUGUCGUCGAAAAUGGCCAAACGAUUUUGCAUUUAUGCGUGAAGCACAACAAACUAGAAGCUUAA